UUUCUUUGUUUUGGCACUAUUUGGUGUUUUUGACCAGAAUCGGAUGGAUUCUCAAGCAAAAUGUUUGAUAUUUGCAUUAAGUGUGAGACUGUGAGAGCCACACAAAACUCUGAAGAGUCCUUUAUGACGUGACAGCGCGUGCCUAGGCUACGCUCUCUCCCUCAAAGAUCUUAUCAGGUGUUUACUUCAUCCGCGAGCGUUCUCGGCGUUUUGAAGGAGUUUAGAUAUCUUGCAAAAUUUACGAUUUGUGUGAUUUCGGCCAUAACAGAUCGUAAAGCAUCAGCGUGUGAGAAAAUGUCCAAAUUUGUACCUUUCCAGCGGUCCUCACACCUCCCUCCCUUCACCAUUAGAGGACUUGGUGGACAGCACCCACCACCACCAGCUUACAGGAGCUACGACAUGCAAUCCGAGGGCUGCAAAUUUCUUUACGGCACCUCAAAGGAUUGUGGGAACAUUAGUUCCCAGCAGUCCAAACCCCUUCCUACCUUUAACAUCAGAGGUGCUGGUAAGAGGUGUAAAGAUCUGUUCCCCAUCACAAAGGGCUGUGGGAACAUUAUUGAUUCCCAGCAGUCGUACGACCUCCCUUCCAUAAACAUCAGAGGUGCUGGUGUACAGCAGGCAAACUCACCAGCUGAGAGGUGUAGAGAUCUGUUCCCCAUCACAAAGGGCUGUAGGAACAUUAUUGAUUCCCAGCAGUUCGACAAGCUCCCUCCCAUAAACAUCACAGGUGUCGGUCUGCAGCGCCCUCGCCCACCAUCUGAUGUAAAACCUGAGGGCCAAAAAAUUCUUCCCAGCAUCUCGAAGAAAAAGGAUUGCGGGAAGAUUAAGGGUUCCCUGCAGUUCAUAGAACUUCCUCCGUUAAACGUCAGAGGUGUCGGUCUGCAGCGCCCUCGCCCACCGUCUGAUGUAAAACCUGAGGGCCAAAAUAUUCUUCCCAGCAUCUCGAGGAAAAAGGAUUGCGGGAACAUCAAGGGUUCCCAGCAGUCCAAAGACCUGCUUCCGUUAAGCGUCAGAGGUGGACCAGCGCUUAUCAAACAUUCCUUCCUGAAGAAGAGCGUGUAUUCUCAAGCAGGUGUAAAAAACGUCGUGGAAUGUCCAAAAAUCCAAAUAUCUUGGAUGUCGUGUCGAGAAACGACAGCGAAGAAAUUGUGUGCUACACUCCCUGCAAGGAAUCGUUGAUAGCUGGAGGAAUCUUGGAAAACCCUGAAAGACCCUCUGAGAUGUCUCAUGUAUUGUCAGGUGAAGGAGAAAGGAAGGUGGGGAAGAGAGACAUGACAGAGCUGAAUUCGAUUCCAGGUUACCUUUUACAUAUGGCCUUCGGCACAACAGAUUUGGUUUAUGAGUCACUUUUUACUUUAAGGUUGUCCCAAACUUUUUGGGAGCUGUUUGUUUCAGCCAUUUUGUCUCUAUCCCCAUGUUAGCACAUACAAUUUAGUGCGUAAGAAGUCCUGUUUUUUUCCCUGUUGUAUUUUCUCAUUUCCAUUUUACUGUCCUCUCACUGAAUAAAACCUCAAUUUGGCAUUCAAGGGGCUUCGGGAUUCACUCAUUUGGGCAGCCAAACAGAACACAAAUACUCCCCACCCACUCAAUUAGAGGAAGUCUCUCCAAAACAAACUUGGGAAGCAGGUUUCAAAAGACCAUGCAAUGCUUUACUAAGCCUCAUUCUAUGCUAAG